AUGGCAAAGAGCAAGGACGGUAAGGACGCUAGUGCUUCACAAAUAACCGAGGGCUAUGCGCCUGAGGCUCUCAUUCAAGCUGUCCAAAAGCUUGAGAAGCGAGUGAAUAAAGUUGAUGAGAGAUCGGCCAAAGCCGAAGUUGCUGCUUGCGACAUGACGGAUUCUGUCGGCAAGGUCGAGAAUGAAGUUAUUACGCUCAAAGGGCAAUUAGGGGAACUAGACGAUCGUCUAGAAGAGGUAUCCCUUGAUGCUCAAUCACUCGCUGAUCAGGCUUUUGAGAAGAUGAUGGGCGAGAUGGCAAAAAUGCGUGAGGAGUUCACGGGGGAACUCCUUGCUUUGAAGAAGGAGAACGAGCUCCUCAAGGAGGAACUCACGUCGCUAAAAAGGACCACGAUGGCUGGGGGCGCCACCAUUCAAGUCGGUCCUAAGGUGGAAAUUCCCAAGCCUCCAAAGUAUCAUGGAAAGAGGGAUGCUCGGGAAAUUGACAACUUCCUAUGGAGCAUGGAGCGAUACUUUGAGGCUGUGCACUUGGAGGAGGAUGCCUCCAAGAUUAAUGCUGUCACUAUGUAUCUCGGAGAUGACGCCAUUCUGUGGUGGAGAAGGCGUGAACAAGACAUCAAGAAUGGUUCAUGUUCCAUCCGAACAUGGGACCAAUUCAAGGAAGAUUUCAAAAAGCAAUUCCGCCCGCAUGACGCAGCCAAGGUCUCCAUGAUGAAGCUGCGUGAACUCAAGCAUAGCAGCACCAUCAAGGAGUACAUCAAGCAAUUUACAACCCUCGUGCUCGAAAUUGAUAAUUUGCCGGAGGCUGCACAACUUAUAUAUUUUAUUGGAGGGUUGCAACGAUGGGCUCAACAAGAGGUAGAAAGGAGGAACGUUCAAACACUUGCUGAGGCCAUCGCAGCUGCAGAGUCCUUGGUUGAUUACAGGGACACAAGGAAGGAAGGGCGUAGCAACGGCAGCAAGGGAAAAGGUGGGGGAGCCAAGCCCACUGAUCGAAGCAGCACCAAUAGCAACAAGACGGUGAAAAAGGACAAGGCAAAGGGAUCAUCGUCGUCUUCUUCAUCAUCUGACAAGCCCAACAACAGGGGCUGUUACUUGUGCGGAGGGCCGCACUGGGCAAGGGAUUGCCCUGGGAGACAGAAGCUCAGCGCCAUCAUAGCUUCGGGCGGUGAAUCGUCGGGGGACGAUGCACAAAUGGGGUCGUUGCGCCUCUUUAGUAGCGUACGGGCCACACCAAAAGCUGAGGAGAGCACCAAAGUGGUCCAGGUAAGCACGUUACCUCGCCCGAAGGGCUCACUUAUGUUUGUUGAUACAUUAGUGAAUGGGAGAGCUUCUAAGGCACUCGUGGACUGUGGUGCCUCACACAACUUCAUUACGGAGAAGGAAGCAAUGAAGUUGGGAAUCAAGUACACCAAGGAACCGGGGAGGAUCAAGACGGUCAACACCUCGCCCGUUCCUAUCCUUGGUGUGGCGCAUAAGGUGCCUAUUUGUCUGGGACAAUGGAGUGGCACCAUAAAUCUCACAGUCGUGCAUAUGGACGACUUCUCUUUGGUGCUGGGACUUGAGUUCAUCGACACAGUAAGGCCCGUUUCUUUUGAAGCGGACGGGUCAAUUAUGAUCAAAAGGGAUCAAGGGUCAUGGUCCGUUCCUGUCACACGAGAAGAAGUUGAAGCCAAGACAAUCUCAGCAAUCCAGGUGUCCAGGGGGAUCAAAAAGGGACAAGAGACUUUCUUGGCUGCAUUAGUGGAGGAAGAGGAGCCCCAUGGAAAUGAGGUUCCAUCAGAAAUCUCCGGAGUCCUUGAAGAGUAUAAGGAUGUGAUGCCUCCGGAGUUACCAAAGAGACUACCUCCUAGAAGGGAGGUGGAUCAUGAGAUUGAGCUGGAGCCAGGGACCAAGCCUCCAGCCAUGGCACCAUACCGCAUGGCCCCACCCGAGCUCGAGGAAUUAAGGAAGCAAUUGAAGGAGCUGCUGGAAGCAGGGUUCAUUAGGCCCUCAAAGGCACCAUUUGGAGCACCAGUCCUAUUUCAGCGCAAGCAUGAUGGGAGCUUGCGAAUGUGCAUUGACUAUCGGGCUCUCAACAAGAUCACUGUCAAGAACAAGUAUCCAAUCCCGUUAGUCGCCGAUUUGUUCGAUCGACUCGGCAAAGCACGGUACUUCUCCAAGCUGGACCUACGAUCGGGGUAUUGGCAGGUGCGCAUCGCCGAAGGGGACGAGGCGAAGACGGCAUGCGUGACCAGGUGUUCCAGGUCUUACGAGGGAACGAGCUUUAUGUGA